GCCCUGACGUGAUGUGUUCAGAGAGCGGAGACACUGCAUUCCGACAGAGGUCUGCGUGACGCGUCUGUGAAGGCCACCACCGUACGUUUGGCAGAAGGGGUGACAGCUGCAUUCUCCUGUGCCUACCACGUAACCAAAAAUGAGGGACAACUACUGUUUACAAGCCGCCUUGGUGUGCCUGGGCAUGCUGUGGCAGAGCCAGGCCUUCACCACGGAGCGGAGAAGCCACCUGCGGCCCUCGUUCCACGGGCACCACGAGAAGGGCAAAGAGGGCCAGGUCCUGCAGCGCUCCAAGAGGGGCUGGGUCUGGAAUCAGUUCUUCGUCAUAGAGGAGUACACCGGGCCUGACCCAGUGCUCGUGGGCAGGCUUCAUUCCGACAUCGACUCUGGUGAUGGAAACAUUAAAUACAUUCUCUCAGGUGAAGGAGCCGGAACCAUUUUCGUGAUUGAUGACAAAUCAGGGAACAUUCAUGCCACCAAGACAUUGGACAGAGAGGAGCGAGCCCAGUACACACUGAUGGCUCAGGCGGUGGACAGGGACACCAACCGACCACUAGAGCCACCAUCGGAAUUCAUCGUCAAGGUCCAGGACAUUAAUGACAACCCUCCCGAGUUCCUGCAUGAGACCUACCACGCCAACGUACCAGAGAGGUCCAAUGUGGGAACGUCGGUAAUCCAGGUGACAGCUUCGGAUGCCGAUGAUCCCACGUAUGGAAACAGCGCCAAGCUGGUGUACAGCAUCCUGGAAGGACAGCCCUACUUCUCAGUGGAAGCUCAGACAGGUAUCAUCAGAACAGCCCUUCCCAACAUGGACAGGGAAGCCAAAGAGGAGUACCACGUGGUGAUUCAGGCCAAGGACAUGGGCGGGCACAUGGGCGGACUCUCAGGGACAACCAAAGUGACGAUCACACUGACCGAUGUCAACGACAACCCACCAAAGUUUCCGCAGAGCGUGUACCAGAUGUCUGUGUCAGAAGCAGCUGUCCCCGGGGAAGAAGUAGGAAGAGUGAAGGCGAAAGACCCAGACAUUGGAGAAAAUGGCUUAGUCACAUACAAUAUUGUUGAUGGAGACGGGAUGGAAUUGUUUGAAAUCACGACAGACUAUGAGACACAAGAGGGCGUGGUGAAACUGAAAAAGCCUGUAGAUUUUGAAACCAAAAGAGCUUACAGCUUGAAGGUAGAGGCCGCCAAUGUGCACAUCGACCCCAAGUUCAUCAGCAAUGGGCCCUUCAAGGACACUGUCACGGUUAAGAUCGCAGUAGAAGAUGCUGACGAGCCUCCCAUGUUCUUGGCCCCAAGUUACAUCCACGAAGUUCAAGAGAAUGCAGCUGCUGGCACCGUGGUUGGAAGAGUUCAUGCCAAAGACCCGGAUGCUGCCAACAGCCCAAUAAGGUAUUCAAUCGAUCGUCAUACUGACCUCGACAGGUUUUUCACUAUUAAUCCAGAGGAUGGUUUUAUUAAAACUACUAAACCUCUCGAUAGAGAAGAGACUGCCUGGCUCAACAUCUCCGUGUUUGCAGCAGAAAUCCACAACCGACAUCAGGAAGCCAAAGUCCCUGUGGCCAUUAGAGUCCUUGAUGUCAACGAUAAUGCUCCCAAGUUUGCAGCCCCGUAUGAAGGCUUCAUUUGCGAGAGUGAUCAGACCAAGCCUCUUUCCAACCAGCCAAUUGUUACAAUUAGUGCAGAUGACAAGGAUGACACAGCCAAUGGACCAAGAUUCAUCUUCAGCCUCCCCCCGGAAAUCAUUCACAAUCCCAAUUUCACGGUCAGAGACAACAGAGAUAACACCGCAGGGGUGUAUGCGCGACGCGGAGGGUUCAGCCGGCAGAAGCAGGAUCUCUACCUCCUGCCCAUCGUCAUCAGCGAUGGGGGCAUCCCGCCCAUGAGCAGCACCAACACCCUCACCAUCAAGGUCUGUGGCUGUGACGUGCACGGGGGGCUGCUCUCCUGCAAUGCCGAGGCCUACAUCCUCAACGCUGGGCUCAGCACGGGCGCACUUAUCGCCAUCCUGGCCUGCAUCGUCAUCCUCCUCGUCAUCGUUGUGUUGUUUGUGACCCUGAGAAGGCAGAAGAAAGAGCCACUCAUUGUCUUCGAGGAGGAAGAUGUCCGUGAGAACAUCAUUACUUACGAUGAUGAAGGAGGUGGGGAGGAAGACACUGAAGCCUUUGAUAUUGCCACGCUCCAGAACCCUGAUGGGAUCAAUGGAUUUAUCCCUCGCAAAGACAUAAAACCCGAGUAUCAGUACAUGCCCAGGCCCGGGCUCCGGCCAGCCCCCAACAGCGUGGACGUGGACGACUUCAUCAACACGAGGAUACAGGAGGCAGACAAUGACCCCACGGCCCCUCCUUAUGACUCCAUCCAAAUCUAUGGCUACGAGGGACGGGGCUCGGUGGCCGGGUCCCUGAGCUCCUUGGAGUCGGCCACCACAGAUUCAGACUUGAACUAUGACUAUCUACAGAACUGGGGACCUCGUUUUAAGAAACUAGCAGACUUGUAUGGUUCCAAAGACACUUUUGAUGACGAUUCUUAACAAUAACGAUACAAAUUUGGCCUUAAGAACUGUGUCUGGCGUUCUGAAGAAUCUAGAAGAUAUGUAAACAGGUAUUUUUUUAAAAAUCAAGGAAAGG